UCUGGAUGAAGCAAAAAAGAUGUUGAUUAAAGACAGACAGAACUUGGAGCUAACUAAAUGUGACAUCCAGAAACAAAAUGGCAUUUUGGAAGAAGAGAAACACAAGCUGAAAGAGGAAAGAGACACUUUGGAAAUAACUAAGGCUGAGAUACACAAGAAGCAAGAACAUGCAGAUAGUCUGUUUGAUGAGAUAAACAGACAGAAAACUCAGAUUAAAGACAUGACCCUUCAGCUAAAGUCAGAAAGAGAACAAAUGGAAAACAUCAUGAACUCGAUCACCUUGAAACAAAAAGAACAAGAGCGUAAGGAAGUUGAGCUUGAAGGGCUACAAGAGAAACUGGAAAUGCACAAGAACAGUGUAAUGUCAGAAAGAGAUGAACUGGAAAAUUUGAAGGAAGGUCUCAACAAGAAGAAAGAAGGGUUUGAAGCUGAUAUGACCACCAUCAGGGAAGAGAGAGAACAACUCAGUUGGAUGAAGACCAAUCUGGAGAGGCUACGAGAAAUGCUUUCCAAUGAAAAACAGGAACUAGAUGGACAAAGGGCUGUGCUGAAACAGAAAGAUGAUGAACUGAUGAAUCAAAUGAAACCGAUAGAAAUGCUGAGAGUCAAACUUCAACAGCUGAAUGAAAAGAUGUGUGUAGACCUGAAUAACCAAAUGGACAGUUUGCAGCAAAAAAAUGAAGAUCUGCAGACGCUUUACACUGAACUGGAAGGGAAGCUUGAAGGACUCACCAAACAGAAAGAAAACAUGUCUGGUUACACCGAGCUGUUGGAGAGAGAAAAGCAAGCCUUGUUAACGCUUGUGUCAGACAUGAAUCUCCAGGAACAAGUCAAAGAAAACCAAUGGCAGCAAAUGUUUGAGGUGGAAAGGCAUGAUCUUCACAAACUAAAGGCAGAGCUGGAGAAAGAGAGGGAGGAUCUGGAUGAAGCAAAAAAGAUGUUGAUUAAAGACAGACAGAACUUGGAGCUAACUAAAUGUGACAUCCAGAAACAAAAUGGCAUUUUGGAAGAAGAGAAACACAAGCUGAAAGAGGAAAGAGACACUUUGGAAAUAACUAAGGCUGAGAUACACAAGAAGCAAGAACAUGCAGAUAGUCUGUUUGAUGAGAUAAACAGACAGAAAACUCAGAUUAAAGACAUGACCCUUCAGCUAAAGUCAGAAAGAGAACAAAUGGAAAACAUCAUGAACUCGAUCACCUUGAAACAAAAAGAACAAGAGCGUAAGGAAGUUGAGCUUGAAGGGCUACAAGAGAAACUGGAAAUGCACAAGAACAGUGUAAUGUCAGAAAGAGAUGAACUGGAAAAUUUGAAGGAAGGUCUCAACAAGAAGAAAGAAGGGUUUGAAGCUGAUAUGACCACCAUCAGGGAAGAGAGAGAACAACUCAGUUGGAUGAAGACCAAUCUGGAGAGGCUACGAGAAAUGCUUUCCAAUGAAAAACAGGAACUAGAUGGACAAAGGGCUGUGCUGAAACAGAAAGAUGAUGAACUGAUGAAUCAAAUGAAACCGAUAGAAAUGCUGAGAGUCAAACUUCAACAGCUGAAUGAAAAGAUGUGUGUAGACCUGAAUAACCAAAUGGACAGUUUGCAGCAAAAAAAUGAAGAUCUGCAGACGCUUUACACUGAACUGGAAGGGAAGCUUGAAGGACUCACCAAACAGAAAGAAAACAUGUCUGGUUACACCGAGCUGUUGGAGAGAGAAAAGCAAGCCUUGUUAACGCUUGUGUCAGACAUGAAUCUCCAGGAACAAGUCAAAGAAAACCAAUGGCAGCAAAUGUUUGAGGUGGAAAGGCAUGAUCUUCACAAACUAAAGGCAGAGCUGGAGAAAGAGAGGGAGGAUCUGGAUGAAGCAAAAAAGAUGUUGAUUAAAGACAGACAGAACUUGGAGCUAACUAAAUGUGACAUCCAGAAACAAAAUGGCAUUUUGGAAGAAGAGAAACACAAGCUGAAAGAGGAAAGAGACACUUUGGAAAUAACUAAGGCUGAGAUACACAAGAAGCAAGAACAUGCAGAUAGUCUGUUUGAUGAGAUAAACAGACAGAAAACUCAGAUUAAAGACAUGACCCUUCAGCUAAAGUCAGAAAGAGAACAAAUGGAAAACAUCAUGAACUCGAUCACCUUGAAACAAAAAGAACAAGAGCGUAAGGAAGUUGAGCUUGAAGGGCUACAAGAGAAACUGGAAAUGCACAAGAACAGUGUAAUGUCAGAAAGAGAUGAACUGGAAAAUUUGAAGGAAGGUCUCAACAAGAAGAAAGAAGGGUUUGAAGCUGAUAUGACCACCAUCAGGGAAGAGAGAGAACAACUCAGUUGGAUGAAGACCAAUCUGGAGAGGCUACGAGAAAUGCUUUCCAAUGAAAAACAGGAACUAGAUGGACAAAGGGCUGUGCUGAAACAGAAAGAUGAUGAACUGAUGAAUCAAAUGAAACCGAUAGAAAUGCUGAGAGUCAAACUUCAACAGCUGAAUGAAAAGAUGUGUGUAGACCUGAAUAACCAAAUGGACAGUUUGCAGCAAAAAAAUGAAGAUCUGCAGACGCUUUACACUGAACUGGAAGGGAAGCUUGAAGGACUCACCAAACAGAAAGAAAACAUGUCUGGUUACACCGAGCUGUUGGAGAGAGAAAAGCAAGCCUUGUUAACGCUUGUGUCAGACAUGAAUCUCCAGGAACAAGUCAAAGAAAACCAAUGGCAGCAAAUGUUUGAGGUGGAAAGGCAUGAUCUUCACAAACUAAAGGCAGAGCUGGAGAAAGAGAGGGAGGAUCUGGAUGAAGCAAAAAAGAUGUUGAUUAAAGACAGACAGAACUUGGAGCUAACUAAAUGUGACAUCCAGAAACAAAAUGGCAUUUUGGAAGAAGAGAAACACAAGCUGAAAGAGGAAAGAGACACUUUGGAAAUAACUAAGGCUGAGAUACACAAGAAGCAAGAACAUGCAGAUAGUCUGUUUGAUGAGAUAAACAGACAGAAAACUCAGAUUAAAGACAUGACCCUUCAGCUAAAGUCAGAAAGAGAACAAAUGGAAAACAUCAUGAACUCGAUCACCUUGAAACAAAAAGAACAAGAGCGUAAGGAAGUUGAGCUUGAAGGGCUACAAGAGAAACUGGAAAUGCACAAGAACAGUGUAAUGUCAGAAAGAGAUGAACUGGAAAAUUUGAAGGAAGGUCUCAACAAGAAGAAAGAAGGGUUUGAAGCUGAUAUGACCACCAUCAGGGAAGAGAGAGAACAACUCAGUUGGAUGAAGACCAAUCUGGAGAGGCUACGAGAAAUGCUUUCCAAUGAAAAACAGGAACUAGAUGGACAAAGGGCUGUGCUGAAACAGAAAGAUGAUGAACUGAUGAAUCAAAUGAAACCGAUAGAAAUGCUGAGAGUCAAACUUCAACAGCUGAAUGAAAAGAUGUGUGUAGACCUGAAUAACCAAAUGGACAGUUUGCAGCAAAAAAAUGAAGAUCUGCAGACGCUUUACACUGAACUGGAAGGGAAGCUUGAAGGACUCACCAAACAGAAAGAAAACAUGUCUGGUUACACCGAGCUGUUGGAGAGAGAAAAGCAAGCCUUGUUAACGCUUGUGUCAGACAUGAAUCUCCAGGAACAAGUCAAAGAAAACCAAUGGCAGCAAAUGUUUGAGGUGGAAAGGCAUGAUCUUCACAAACUAAAGGCAGAGCUGGAGAAAGAGAGGGAGGAUCUGGAUGAAGCAAAAAAGAUGUUGAUUAAAGACAGACAGAACUUGGAGCUAACUAAAUGUGACAUCCAGAAACAAAAUGGCAUUUUGGAAGAAGAGAAACACAAGCUGAAAGAGGAAAGAGACACUUUGGAAAUAACUAAGGCUGAGAUACACAAGAAGCAAGAACAUGCAGAUAGUCUGUUUGAUGAGAUAAACAGACAGAAAACUCAGAUUAAAGACAUGACCCUUCAGCUAAAGUCAGAAAGAGAACAAAUGGAAAACAUCAUGAACUCGAUCACCUUGAAACAAAAAGAACAAGAGCGUAAGGAAGUUGAGCUUGAAGGGCUACAAGAGAAACUGGAAAUGCACAAGAACAGUGUAAUGUCAGAAAGAGAUGAACUGGAAAAUUUGAAGGAAGGUCUCAACAAGAAGAAAGAAGGGUUUGAAGCUGAUAUGACCACCAUCAGGGAAGAGAGAGAACAACUCAGUUGGAUGAAGACCAAUCUGGAGAGGCUACGAGAAAUGCUUUCCAAUGAAAAACAGGAACUAGAUGGACAAAGGGCUGUGCUGAAACAGAAAGAUGAUGAACUGAUGAAUCAAAUGAAACCGAUAGAAAUGCUGAGAGUCAAACUUCAACAGCUGAAUGAAAAGAUGUGUGUAGACCUGAAUAACCAAAUGGACAGUUUGCAGCAAAAAAAUGAAGAUCUGCAGACGCUUUACACUGAACUGGAAGGGAAGCUUGAAGGACUCACCAAACAGAAAGAAAACAUGUCUGGUUACACCGAGCUGUUGGAGAGAGAAAAGCAAGCCUUGUUAACGCUUGUGUCAGACAUGAAUCUCCAGGAACAAGUCAAAGAAAACCAAUGGCAGCAAAUGUUUGAGGUGGAAAGGCAUGAUCUUCACAAACUAAAGGCAGAGCUGGAGAAAGAGAGGGAGGAUCUGGAUGAAGCAAAAAAGAUGUUGAUUAAAGACAGACAGAACUUGGAGCUAACUAAAUGUGACAUCCAGAAACAAAAUGGCAUUUUGGAAGAAGAGAAACACAAGCUGAAAGAGGAAAGAGACACUUUGGAAAUAACUAAGGCUGAGAUACACAAGAAGCAAGAACAUGCAGAUAGUCUGUUUGAUGAGAUAAACAGACAGAAAACUCAGAUUAAAGACAUGACCCUUCAGCUAAAGUCAGAAAGAGAACAAAUGGAAAACAUCAUGAACUCGAUCACCUUGAAACAAAAAGAACAAGAGCGUAAGGAAGUUGAGCUUGAAGGGCUACAAGAGAAACUGGAAAUGCACAAGAACAGUGUAAUGUCAGAAAGAGAUGAACUGGAAAAUUUGAAGGAAGGUCUCAACAAGAAGAAAGAAGGGUUUGAAGCUGAUAUGACCACCAUCAGGGAAGAGAGAGAACAACUCAGUUGGAUGAAGACCAAUCUGGAGAGGCUACGAGAAAUGCUUUCCAAUGAAAAACAGGAACUAGAUGGACAAAGGGCUGUGCUGAAACAGAAAGAUGAUGAACUGAUGAAUCAAAUGAAACCGAUAGAAAUGCUGAGAGUCAAACUUCAACAGCUGAAUGAAAAGAUGUGUGUAGACCUGAAUAACCAAAUGGACAGUUUGCAGCAAAAAAAUGAAGAUCUGCAGACGCUUUACACUGAACUGGAAGGGAAGCUUGAAGGACUCACCAAACAGAAAGAAAACAUGUCUGGUUACACCGAGCUGUUGGAGAGAGAAAAGCAAGCCUUGUUAACGCUUGUGUCAGACAUGAAUCUCCAGGAACAAGUCAAAGAAAACCAAUGGCAGCAAAUGUUUGAGGUGGAAAGGCAUGAUCUUCACAAACUAAAGGCAGAGCUGGAGAAAGAGAGGGAGGAUCUGGAUGAAGCAAAAAAGAUGUUGAUUAAAGACAGACAGAACUUGGAGCUAACUAAAUGUGACAUCCAGAAACAAAAUGGCAUUUUGGAAGAAGAGAAACACAAGCUGAAAGAGGAAAGAGACACUUUGGAAAUAACUAAGGCUGAGAUACACAAGAAGCAAGAACAUGCAGAUAGUCUGUUUGAUGAGAUAAACAGACAGAAAACUCAGAUUAAAGACAUGACCCUUCAGCUAAAGUCAGAAAGAGAACAAAUGGAAAACAUCAUGAACUCGAUCACCUUGAAACAAAAAGAACAAGAGCGUAAGGAAGUUGAGCUUGAAGGGCUACAAGAGAAACUGGAAAUGCACAAGAACAGUGUAAUGUCAGAAAGAGAUGAACUGGAAAAUUUGAAGGAAGGUCUCAACAAGAAGAAAGAAGGGUUUGAAGCUGAUAUGACCACCAUCAGGGAAGAGAGAGAACAACUCAGUUGGAUGAAGACCAAUCUGGAGAGGCUACGAGAAAUGCUUUCCAAUGAAAAACAGGAACUAGAUGGACAAAGGGCUGUGCUGAAACAGAAAGAUGAUGAACUGAUGAAUCAAAUGAAACCGAUAGAAAUGCUGAGAGUCAAACUUCAACAGCUGAAUGAAAAGAUGUGUGUAGACCUGAAUAACCAAAUGGACAGUUUGCAGCAAAAAAAUGAAGAUCUGCAGACGCUUUACACUGAACUGGAAGGGAAGCUUGAAGGACUCACCAAACAGAAAGAAAACAUGUCUGGUUACACCGAGCUGUUGGAGAGAGAAAAGCAAGCCUUGUUAACGCUUGUGUCAGACAUGAAUCUCCAGGAACAAGUCAAAGAAAACCAAUGGCAGCAAAUGUUUGAGGUGGAAAGGCAUGAUCUUCACAAACUAAAGGCAGAGCUGGAGAAAGAGAGGGAGGAUCUGGAUGAAGCAAAAAAGAUGUUGAUUAAAGACAGACAGAACUUGGAGCUAACUAAAUGUGACAUCCAGAAACAAAAUGGCAUUUUGGAAGAAGAGAAACACAAGCUGAAAGAGGAAAGAGACACUUUGGAAAUAACUAAGGCUGAGAUACACAAGAAGCAAGAACAUGCAGAUAGUCUGUUUGAUGAGAUAAACAGACAGAAAACUCAGAUUAAAGACAUGACCCUUCAGCUAAAGUCAGAAAGAGAACAAAUGGAAAACAUCAUGAACUCGAUCACCUUGAAACAAAAAGAACAAGAGCGUAAGGAAGUUGAGCUUGAAGGGCUACAAGAGAAACUGGAAAUGCACAAGAACAGUGUAAUGUCAGAAAGAGAUGAACUGGAAAAUUUGAAGGAAGGUCUCAACAAGAAGAAAGAAGGGUUUGAAGCUGAUAUGACCACCAUCAGGGAAGAGAGAGAACAACUCAGUUGGAUGAAGACCAAUCUGGAGAGGCUACGAGAAAUGCUUUCCAAUGAAAAACAGGAACUAGAUGGACAAAGGGCUGUGCUGAAACAGAAAGAUGAUGAACUGAUGAAUCAAAUGAAACCGAUAGAAAUGCUGAGAGUCAAACUUCAACAGCUGAAUGAAAAGAUGUGUGUAGACCUGAAUAACCAAAUGGACAGUUUGCAGCAAAAAAAUGAAGAUCUGCAGACGCUUUACACUGAACUGGAAGGGAAGCUUGAAGGACUCACCAAACAGAAAGAAAACAUGUCUGGUUACACCGAGCUGUUGGAGAGAGAAAAGCAAGCCUUGUUAACGCUUGUGUCAGACAUGAAUCUCCAGGAACAAGUCAAAGAAAACCAAUGGCAGCAAAUGUUUGAGGUGGAAAGGCAUGAUCUUCACAAACUAAAGGCAGAGCUGGAGAAAGAGAGGGAGGAUCUGGAUGAAGCAAAAAAGAUGUUGAUUAAAGACAGACAGAACUUGGAGCUAACUAAAUGUGACAUCCAGAAACAAAAUGGCAUUUUGGAAGAAGAGAAACACAAGCUGAAAGAGGAAAGAGACACUUUGGAAAUAACUAAGGCUGAGAUACACAAGAAGCAAGAACAUGCAGAUAGUCUGUUUGAUGAGAUAAACAGACAGAAAACUCAGAUUAAAGACAUGACCCUUCAGCUAAAGUCAGAAAGAGAACAAAUGGAAAACAUCAUGAACUCGAUCACCUUGAAACAAAAAGAACAAGAGCGUAAGGAAGUUGAGCUUGAAGGGCUACAAGAGAAACUGGAAAUGCACAAGAACAGUGUAAUGUCAGAAAGAGAUGAACUGGAAAAUUUGAAGGAAGGUCUCAACAAGAAGAAAGAAGGGUUUGAAGCUGAUAUGACCACCAUCAGGGAAGAGAGAGAACAACUCAGUUGGAUGAAGACCAAUCUGGAGAGGCUACGAGAAAUGCUUUCCAAUGAAAAACAGGAACUAGAUGGACAAAGGGCUGUGCUGAAACAGAAAGAUGAUGAACUGAUGAAUCAAAUGAAACCGAUAGAAAUGCUGAGAGUCAAACUUCAACAGCUGAAUGAAAAGAUGUGUGUAGACCUGAAUAACCAAAUGGACAGUUUGCAGCAAAAAAAUGAAGAUCUGCAGACGCUUUACACUGAACUGGAAGGGAAGCUUGAAGGACUCACCAAACAGAAAGAAAACAUGUCUGGUUACACCGAGCUGUUGGAGAGAGAAAAGCAAGCCUUGUUAACGCUUGUGUCAGACAUGAAUCUCCAGGAACAAGUCAAAGAAAACCAAUGGCAGCAAAUGUUUGAGGUGGAAAGGCAUGAUCUUCACAAACUAAAGGCAGAGCUGGAGAAAGAGAGGGAGGAUCUGGAUGAAGCAAAAAAGAUGUUGAUUAAAGACAGACAGAACUUGGAGCUAACUAAAUGUGACAUCCAGAAACAAAAUGGCAUUUUGGAAGAAGAGAAACACAAGCUGAAAGAGGAAAGAGACACUUUGGAAAUAACUAAGGCUGAGAUACACAAGAAGCAAGAACAUGCAGAUAGUCUGUUUGAUGAGAUAAACAGACAGAAAACUCAGAUUAAAGACAUGACCCUUCAGCUAAAGUCAGAAAGAGAACAAAUGGAAAACAUCAUGAACUCGAUCACCUUGAAACAAAAAGAACAAGAGCGUAAGGAAGUUGAGCUUGAAGGGCUACAAGAGAAACUGGAAAUGCACAAGAACAGUGUAAUGUCAGAAAGAGAUGAACUGGAAAAUUUGAAGGAAGGUCUCAACAAGAAGAAAGAAGGGUUUGAAGCUGAUAUGACCACCAUCAGGGAAGAGAGAGAACAACUCAGUUGGAUGAAGACCAAUCUGGAGAGGCUACGAGAAAUGCUUUCCAAUGAAAAACAGGAACUAGAUGGACAAAGGGCUGUGCUGAAACAGAAAGAUGAUGAACUGAUGAAUCAAAUGAAACCGAUAGAAAUGCUGAGAGUCAAACUUCAACAGCUGAAUGAAAAGAUGUGUGUAGACCUGAAUAACCAAAUGGACAGUUUGCAGCAAAAAAAUGAAGAUCUGCAGACGCUUUACACUGAACUGGAAGGGAAGCUUGAAGGACUCACCAAACAGAAAGAAAACAUGUCUGGUUACACCGAGCUGUUGGAGAGAGAAAAGCAAGCCUUGUUAACGCUUGUGUCAGACAUGAAUCUCCAGGAACAAGUCAAAGAAAACCAAUGGCAGCAAAUGUUUGAGGUGGAAAGGCAUGAUCUUCACAAACUAAAGGCAGAGCUGGAGAAAGAGAGGGAGGAUCUGGAUGAAGCAAAAAAGAUGUUGAUUAAAGACAGACAGAACUUGGAGCUAACUAAAUGUGACAUCCAGAAACAAAAUGGCAUUUUGGAAGAAGAGAAACACAAGCUGAAAGAGGAAAGAGACACUUUGGAAAUAACUAAGGCUGAGAUACACAAGAAGCAAGAACAUGCAGAUAGUCUGUUUGAUGAGAUAAACAGACAGAAAACUCAGAUUAAAGACAUGACCCUUCAGCUAAAGUCAGAAAGAGAACAAAUGGAAAACAUCAUGAACUCGAUCACCUUGAAACAAAAAGAACAAGAGCGUAAGGAAGUUGAGCUUGAAGGGCUACAAGAGAAACUGGAAAUGCACAAGAACAGUGUAAUGUCAGAAAGAGAUGAACUGGAAAAUUUGAAGGAAGGUCUCAACAAGAAGAAAGAAGGGUUUGAAGCUGAUAUGACCACCAUCAGGGAAGAGAGAGAACAACUCAGUUGGAUGAAGACCAAUCUGGAGAGGCUACGAGAAAUGCUUUCCAAUGAAAAACAGGAACUAGAUGGACAAAGGGCUGUGCUGAAACAGAAAGAUGAUGAACUGAUGAAUCAAAUGAAACCGAUAGAAAUGCUGAGAGUCAAACUUCAACAGCUGAAUGAAAAGAUGUGUGUAGACCUGAAUAACCAAAUGGACAGUUUGCAGCAAAAAAAUGAAGAUCUGCAGACGCUUUACACUGAACUGGAAGGGAAGCUUGAAGGACUCACCAAACAGAAAGAAAACAUGUCUGGUUACACCGAGCUGUUGGAGAGAGAAAAGCAAGCCUUGUUAACGCUUGUGUCAGACAUGAAUCUCCAGGAACAAGUCAAAGAAAACCAAUGGCAGCAAAUGUUUGAGGUGGAAAGGCAUGAUCUUCACAAACUAAAGGCAGAGCUGGAGAAAGAGAGGGAGGAUCUGGAUGAAGCAAAAAAGAUGUUGAUUAAAGACAGACAGAACUUGGAGCUAACUAAAUGUGACAUCCAGAAACAAAAUGGCAUUUUGGAAGAAGAGAAACACAAGCUGAAAGAGGAAAGAGACACUUUGGAAAUAACUAAGGCUGAGAUACACAAGAAGCAAGAACAUGCAGAUAGUCUGUUUGAUGAGAUAAACAGACAGAAAACUCAGAUUAAAGACAUGACCCUUCAGCUAAAGUCAGAAAGAGAACAAAUGGAAAACAUCAUGAACUCGAUCACCUUGAAACAAAAAGAACAAGAGCGUAAGGAAGUUGAGCUUGAAGGGCUACAAGAGAAACUGGAAAUGCACAAGAACAGUGUAAUGUCAGAAAGAGAUGAACUGGAAAAUUUGAAGGAAGGUCUCAACAAGAAGAAAGAAGGGUUUGAAGCUGAUAUGACCACCAUCAGGGAAGAGAGAGAACAACUCAGUUGGAUGAAGACCAAUCUGGAGAGGCUACGAGAAAUGCUUUCCAAUGAAAAACAGGAACUAGAUGGACAAAGGGCUGUGCUGAAACAGAAAGAUGAUGAACUGAUGAAUCAAAUGAAACCGAUAGAAAUGCUGAGAGUCAAACUUCAACAGCUGAAUGAAAAGAUGUGUGUAGACCUGAAUAACCAAAUGGACAGUUUGCAGCAAAAAAAUGAAGAUCUGCAGACGCUUUACACUGAACUGGAAGGGAAGCUUGAAGGACUCACCAAACAGAAAGAAAACAUGUCUGGUUACACCGAGCUGUUGGAGAGAGAAAAGCAAGCCUUGUUAACGCUUGUGUCAGACAUGAAUCUCCAGGAACAAGUCAAAGAAAACCAAUGGCAGCAAAUGUUUGAGGUGGAAAGGCAUGAUCUUCACAAACUAAAGGCAGAGCUGGAGAAAGAGAGGGAGGAUCUGGAUGAAGCAAAAAAGAUGUUGAUUAAAGACAGACAGAACUUGGAGCUAACUAAAUGUGACAUCCAGAAACAAAAUGGCAUUUUGGAAGAAGAGAAACACAAGCUGAAAGAGGAAAGAGACACUUUGGAAAUAACUAAGGCUGAGAUACACAAGAAGCAAGAACAUGCAGAUAGUCUGUUUGAUGAGAUAAACAGACAGAAAACUCAGAUUAAAGACAUGACCCUUCAGCUAAAGUCAGAAAGAGAACAAAUGGAAAACAUCAUGAACUCGAUCACCUUGAAACAAAAAGAACAAGAGCGUAAGGAAGUUGAGCUUGAAGGGCUACAAGAGAAACUGGAAAUGCACAAGAACAGUGUAAUGUCAGAAAGAGAUGAACUGGAAAAUUUGAAGGAAGGUCUCAACAAGAAGAAAGAAGGGUUUGAAGCUGAUAUGACCACCAUCAGGGAAGAGAGAGAACAACUCAGUUGGAUGAAGACCAAUCUGGAGAGGCUACGAGAAAUGCUUUCCAAUGAAAAACAGGAACUAGAUGGACAAAGGGCUGUGCUGAAACAGAAAGAUGAUGAACUGAUGAAUCAAAUGAAACCGAUAGAAAUGCUGAGAGUCAAACUUCAACAGCUGAAUGAAAAGAUGUGUGUAGACCUGAAUAACCAAAUGGACAGUUUGCAGCAAAAAAAUGAAGAUCUGCAGACGCUUUACACUGAACUGGAAGGGAAGCUUGAAGGACUCACCAAACAGAAAGAAAACAUGUCUGGUUACACCGAGCUGUUGGAGAGAGAAAAGCAAGCCUUGUUAACGCUUGUGUCAGACAUGAAUCUCCAGGAACAAGUCAAAGAAAACCAAUGGCAGCAAAUGUUUGAGGUGGAAAGGCAUGAUCUUCACAAACUAAAGGCAGAGCUGGAGAAAGAGAGGGAGGAUCUGGAUGAAGCAAAAAAGAUGUUGAUUAAAGACAGACAGAACUUGGAGCUAACUAAAUGUGACAUCCAGAAACAAAAUGGCAUUUUGGAAGAAGAGAAACACAAGCUGAAAGAGGAAAGAGACACUUUGGAAAUAACUAAGGCUGAGAUACACAAGAAGCAAGAACAUGCAGAUAGUCUGUUUGAUGAGAUAAACAGACAGAAAACUCAGAUUAAAGACAUGACCCUUCAGCUAAAGUCAGAAAGAGAACAAAUGGAAAACAUCAUGAACUCGAUCACCUUGAAACAAAAAGAACAAGAGCGUAAGGAAGUUGAGCUUGAAGGGCUACAAGAGAAACUGGAAAUGCACAAGAACAGUGUAAUGUCAGAAAGAGAUGAACUGGAAAAUUUGAAGGAAGGUCUCAACAAGAAGAAAGAAGGGUUUGAAGCUGAUAUGACCACCAUCAGGGAAGAGAGAGAACAACUCAGUUGGAUGAAGACCAAUCUGGAGAGGCUACGAGAAAUGCUUUCCAAUGAAAAACAGGAACUAGAUGGACAAAGGGCUGUGCUGAAACAGAAAGAUGAUGAACUGAUGAAUCAAAUGAAACCGAUAGAAAUGCUGAGAGUCAAACUUCAACAGCUGAAUGAAAAGAUGUGUGUAGACCUGAAUAACCAAAUGGACAGUUUGCAGCAAAAAAAUGAAGAUCUGCAGACGCUUUACACUGAACUGGAAGGGAAGCUUGAAGGACUCACCAAACAGAAAGAAAACAUGUCUGGUUACACCGAGCUGUUGGAGAGAGAAAAGCAAGCCUUGUUAACGCUUGUGUCAGACAUGAAUCUCCAGGAACAAGUCAAAGAAAACCAAUGGCAGCAAAUGUUUGAGGUGGAAAGGCAUGAUCUUCACAAACUAAAGGCAGAGCUGGAGAAAGAGAGGGAGGAUCUGGAUGAAGCAAAAAAGAUGUUGAUUAAAGACAGACAGAACUUGGAGCUAACUAAAUGUGACAUCCAGAAACAAAAUGGCAUUUUGGAAGAAGAGAAACACAAGUUGAAAGAGGAAAGAGACACUUUGGAAAUAACUAAGGCUGAGAUACACAAGAAGCAAGAACAUGCAGAUAGUCUGUUUGAUGAGAUAAACAGACAGAAAACUCAGAUUAAAGACAUGACCCUUCAGCUAAAGUCAGAAAGAGAACAAAUGGAAAACAUCAUGAACUCGAUCACCUUGAAACAAAAAGAACAAGAGCGUAAGGAAGUUGAGCUUGAAGGGCUACAAGAGAAACUGGAAAUGCACAAGAACAGUGUAAUGUCAGAAAGAGAUGAACUGGAAAAUUUGAAGGAAGGUCUCAACAAGAAGAAAGAAGGGUUUGAAGCUGAUAUGACCACCAUCAGGGAAGAGAGAGAACAACUCAGUUGGAUGAAGACCAAUCUGGAGAGGCUACGAGAAAUGCUUUCCAAUGAAAAACAGGAACUAGAUGGACAAAGGGCUGUGCUGAAACAGAAAGAUGAUGAACUGAUGAAUCAAAUGAAACCGAUAGAAAUGCUGAGAGUCAAACUUCAACAGCUGAAUGAAAAGAUGUGUGUAGACCUGAAUAACCAAAUGGACAGUUUGCAGCAAAAAAAUGAAGAUCUGCAGACGCUUUACACUGAACUGGAAGGGAAGCUUGAAGGACUCACCAAACAGAAAGAAAACAUGUCUGGUUACACCGAGCUGUUGGAGAGAGAAAAGCAAGCCUUGUUAACGCUUGUGUCAGACAUGAAUCUCCAGGAACAAGUCAAAGAAAACCAAUGGCAGCAAAUGUUUGAGGUGGAAAGGCAUGAUCUUCACAAACUAAAGGCAGAGCUGGAGAAAGAGAGGGAGGAUCUGGAUGAAGCAAAAAAGAUGUUGAUUAAAGACAGACAGAACUUGGAGCUAACUAAAUGUGACAUCCAGAAACAAAAUGGCAUUUUGGAAGAAGAGAAACACAAGUUGAAAGAGGAAAGAGACACUUUGGAAAUAACUAAGGCUGAGAUACACAAGAAGCAAGAACAUGCAGAUAGUCUGUUUGAUGAGAUAAACAGACAGAAAACUCAGAUUAAAGACAUGACCCUUCAGCUAAAGUCAGAAAGAGAACAAAUGGAAAACAUCAUGAACUCGAUCACCUUGAAACAAAAAGAACAAGAGCGUAAGGAAGUUGAGCUUGAAGGGCUACAAGAGAAACUGGAAAUGCACAAGAACAGUGUAAUGUCAGAAAGAGAUGAACUGGAAAAUUUGAAGGAAGGUCUCAACAAGAAGAAAGAAGGGUUUGAAGCUGAUAUGACCACCAUCAGGGAAGAGAGAGAACAACUCAGUUGGAUGAAGACCAAUCUGGAGAGGCUACGAGAAAUGCUUUCCAAUGAAAAACAGGAACUAGAUGGACAAAGGGCUGUGCUGAAACAGAAAGAUGAUGAACUGAUGAAUCAAAUGAAACCGAUAGAAAUGCUGAGAGUCAAACUUCAACAGCUGAAUGAAAAGAUGUGUGUAGACCUGAAUAACCAAAUGGACAGUUUGCAGCAAAAAAAUGAAGAUCUGCAGACGCUUUACACUGAACUGGAAGGGAAGCUUGAAGGACUCACCAAACAGAAAGAAAACAUGUCUGGUUACACCGAGCUGUUGGAGAGAGAAAAGCAAGCCUUGUUAACGCUUGUGUCAGACAUGAAUCUCCAGGAACAAGUCAAAGAAAACCAAUGGCAGCAAAUGUUUGAGGUGGAAAGGCAUGAUCUUCACAAACUAAAGGCAGAGCUGGAGAAAGAGAGGGAGGAUCUGGAUGAAGCAAAAAAGAUGUUGAUUAAAGACAGACAGAACUUGGAGCUAACUAAAUGUGACAUCCAGAAACAAAAUGGCAUUUUGGAAGAAGAGAAACACAAGCUGAAAGAGGAAAGAGACACUUUGGAAAUAACUAAGGCUGAGAUACACAAGAAGCAAGAACAUGCAGAUAGUCUGUUUGAUGAGAUAAACAGACAGAAAACUCAGAUUAAAGACAUGACCCUUCAGCUAAAGUCAGAAAGAGAACAAAUGGAAAACAUCAUGAACUCGAUCACCUUGAAACAAAAGAACAAGAGCGAAGGUCUCAACAAGAAGAAAGAAGGGUUUGAAGCUGAUAUGACCACCAUCAGGGAAGAGAGAGAACAACUCAGUUGGAUGAAGACCAAUCUGGAGAGGCUACGAGAAAUGCUUUCCAAUGAAAAACAGGAACUAGAUGGACAAAGGGCUGUGCUGAAACAGAAAGAUGAUGAACUGAUGAAUCAAAUGAAACCGAUAGAAAUGCUGAGAGUCAAACUUCAACAGCUGAAUGAAAAGAUGUGUGUAGACCUGAAUAACCAAAUGGACAGUUUGCAGCAAAAAAAUGAAGAUCUGCAGACGCUUUACACUGAACUGGAAGGGAAGCUUGAAGGACUCACCAAACAGAAAGAAAACAUGUCUGGUUACACCGAGCUGUUGGAGAGAGAAAAGCAAGCCUUGUUAACGCUUGUGUCAGACAUGAAUCUCCAGGAACAAGUCAAAGAAAACCAAUGGCAGCAAAUGUUUGAGGUGGAAAGGCAUGAUCUUCACAAACUAAAGGCAGAGCUGGAGAAAGAGAGGGAGGAUCUGGAUGAAGCAAAAAAGAUGUUGAUUAAAGACAGACAGAACUUGGAGCUAACUAAAUGUGACAUCCAGAAACAAAAUGGCAUUUUGGAAGAAGAGAAACACAAGUUGAAAGAGGAAAGAGACACUUUGGAAAUAACUAAGGCUGAGAUACACAAGAAGCAAGAACAUGCAGAUAGUCUGUUUGAUGAGAUGAACAGACAGAAAACUCAGAUUGAAGAUAUGACCCUUCAGGUAAAGUUAGAAAGAGAAAACAGUCCAAAAGAAAUUGUAAUUUCAAAGUCUGAAAUUGCAACACAAACUGACGAUACAGUAACAGAAGGGAUACAGGAGCAAGAUUUCAGUAUGCAGGCCUUGAAUAAUCUUCCAGAGUCUGAAUCUGAAUCUGGUGUACCGUCACAAACAAAGCAUUAUGAUCAGCCCUUUGGGAUAAAUAAAGCAUAUCAACAUCAUCUCACAGAAGAUAAGAAGUUAAAAAGGGAUACUUUGCAAAACAUCUGGAAGGACACUAAAAAAGAGCAGAAAGAAAUAAGUCACAUGAAGCAUAGGAGUCAUAAAAUUAAAAACAACCUGACAAAGAGACUCCAGGAUUUCAAUCAGUUUUUCAAGGGGGCAUGGUUACUGAAAGAACCAUUAGAGAAGAAAAAUAUUGAACAAUUAACUCAAUUCAGGAGGUAUCAAUGUGAUUGUGAGAAAGACCACAAAACACUAGAUGAAAAAUACUCAGAGCUCCAACAACUUAAGGUCCACAUGCUUACUGAGAUUGAGAAACUGCAGAAUGACACAAGGUCCAUGACAACCCUGAUAACGAGCCACAAGGACAAUGAAACCGCAAUAGAGGAAAUAAUGGCAGGGAAGACAAUAAAACAAACUUCUUCAAAAACAUAUCAAGGGGAGAUAAGAGACGAGGCUGAAGCACCUCCAGUAUCAAACAAUGGACUCCUUGGUCAGCUCUGGCAUCACUGCUAUGGCUGCUGCUGUGAGACUGUGUCUGAAAAAUAGAAUUGGGAAACAUGUCUUCUCGUCCUAACUCUUGUGUUAAUUUAAACUGCAGCUUAUUUAGAAACAUGUAUUUGAUUUUCUAUUUCAUUAUUAACAUCAACAUUAUUAAACAAGUUUUAUUUUAUGCCUAGUUGUGUUUUUUUGUAGUCCAGAAAUAUAAAUAUUUAAAAGGACUUGUAUAAGUUUUGCGAACUUUAAAGGAAUUGAUGUGAAAUGCUUUAUAAUUGAUGCCUCCUAACUUUUCUUUUCUACAUGUCUACAUGUUACUGGAGCUAUGAGUGCAGAAAGUUCACUGAAAAUGGCUUCAUUUGACAAUUUGAUUCUGAUUCCUACUUUAAACCUUAUCCUUUAACAUUCUUUUUAAAAGUUAUGCUCUUAUUAAAUCCACAUAGUAUUUGUAGUACUGGAUACAUGCUGUUUACAACCCUUUCCGUGACGUGCCACAUUUAUUUAAGAAACAUUAAAUGGUAAAUGGACUUGAGCUUAUAUAGCGCUUUUCUAGUCUUCCGACUACUCAAAGCGCUUUUACACUGCAU